AUGGAAUGUUGAGGGAUUGAUGGGCUUCUCGUCCAAUCUGACGUGGUAUGUGGCUCAUAGGAAGUUCGUCCGUUGCCAAGCAAGAUAGAAAGACGCAGCCAUGGGACAGGCAGGCCAGCAGCGCACCAGGCAGAAGAAGCUCUCCGGCCGCAGCAACAGGGUCAAGGGGGUGAAGAAGACUGUGGAGAAGCCAGCCGCAAAGCUGAAGAAGCAGAUCCAGCCGGGCUCCAUUCUGAUCCUGCUAGCUGGCAAGUUCCGUGGCCGUCGAGUGGUAUUCUUGAAGAUGCUGGAGAGUGGCCUGCUGCUCGUCACCGGCCCCUAUGCUCUCAACGGUGUGCCUUUGAAGCGCGUGAACCAGCGAUACUGCAUCGGCACCAGCACUAAGGUGGAGCUGGGUGGCGCAGACUUCAAGUCCGUCACUGAUGCCUACUUUGCCCGUGAGAAGACUUCCAAGAAGGGUCCCAAAACCCAAGAGCACUUCUUUGCUACGGAGCCGCCCAAGAAGGUUUUGCCGCAGGAGAAGAAGGAUGGUCAGAAGAAGCUGGACGAGUCCAUCAUCAAGGGCCUCGGCGAUGACCUGAAGAGCUACCUGAAGUCCCGGUUCUCCCUCUCGGCCAACCAGUAUCCCCACGAGCUCAAGUUCUGAUUAUGUGCAUACGUUUCGUGGCAUUGACAAUGGAGAACGGUGG